AUGCUCACCAUUCCAUCUCAUGAACAACUUACAAUUAGUACAACAUCUACGGAGUAUUUUACUGAUAUGAGUAGACUAAUCAAAAAAUCAGAAAACAGUCCUACAUCUUCAUCAUCUUCUACUCCACCACCUUCUUUUCUUAAUUCAGUCACAUCUAGUUCCAUAGGACAAUUACAAAAUUACUCAGAUCAGUAUAAUCGACAAAUUAUUCACCAAAUGAAUCCUUAUGGCGAUCGAAAUUAUUGCCAAAUACCAGAAAGCCUAAUACAUUGUACGUCGAAUGCAAUAAAUGCAACCAAUCGCAGCAACAAUAAAACGACAAACCAUUAUGAGUUUUUUACUAGUAACCAUGAUUACAAGAUUCGUAAUAUUCUUCCCAAUGGCUCUUCGAAUGAUGAGCAUAAACUGAACUGUAUGACUUCCGUAUCAAAUUAUCUAACUGAUAUUUACCGGCCUCCCUGUCCAUCGUAUUCAACUUACAAUGGAUACGUUAAUAAUGCAUUUGGAAAGAUGAAUCGCACAGACAAGACAGAAACCUUUCAUUUUAUAGGUGAUUCAACUCACAGUAAAAAAGAACACCAAGAAAUAUUUCAAAAUAAUUCAUCUCUAUCGAAUCCUGAAGCUAUUGAUAAGAUAUUAUAUUCACCAGUGAUAUGUAAUAAUGGAGAAUAUGAUGGUGAUGAUAAUAUUGUUGAAGACGCUGGAAAUUCUAUGUCCAACUCCCCUGAAUCGAAUUACUCUUUACCAAGAAAUCAAGUUCAAAGAUGUUAUGAUAAUGGCAGUUGUAUGACAUCAGGAAGAACGGUUCACCUGAAUUCACCUGUAGACCGAAAUGAUUAUGAAAAGGAAAUUAUGACUUAUGCAACGAUAGAUAAAAUUGAUAGAAAGGAAUUAUUACCAAGCGAAUUUGUUUCAAAAUCUAGGCAAGAAUGCGUGAAAUGUGGUCGGCCGAUCCAUUCAAAUGGCCAACCAGAUGGUACUGGUCAUUAUUUCUGUCAGCUUUGUGGUCAACAACAGCAACAGCUACUACAACGUAAACAUCAGUUUCAAGAGCAUGAAGAGAAAGAAAAUGAUGAUGAGAUGGAAGAUAUUGAUGACGAAGAGGAUGGGGAAGAAGAUGAAGAGAUAAGUCAAGACGUAAUCGAUUCAAACAGAUCUUUUCCAAACAACUGGCUAUCUUCAUCAAUAACUCUCAACUAUACUACUAAUACUGGUGUUGCUCCUACAGAAACGAAAGUGGAGGAAAUAAAGACUACUGAAAACUUACUACUGGCUAGAAAUAACCACGAUACUAAACCAAGCCAGCCAAUCAACCAUCAUGAAGUAGAUAAUAGACUUUUUGCAAAUAAGGCAGAAUCUUAUGAAUUAUCAGAGGAUUUUAUUAAAGAUACAAUGCUUUUGUCUGGUGUGCCAUUCUCUUAUUCACCGAUGUCAUGUAGGCGCGCUUUUCGAAAUGGAAUUGCAAAAAGCCUGCCAAGUCGAAAACCGCAACCGAGUCGGAGAAAUGGACUAGUGUGUUCCAAUUGUGAAACUACUCAAACUACCUUAUGGAGACGUAAUACUGACGGAAAUCCAGUAUGCAAUGCAUGUGGAUUAUAUCAGAAAUUGCAUGGCCGAACGCGCCCAACAUCUAUGCGGAAGGAUGCAAUACAGACAAGAAAAAGGAAGUCGAAAAACGAAAGGAUUACAGUCUAACGGUUGCUGUCGCUGCAGCAGCGGCGGCCGCCGCAGCUGCUGCAGCAGCUUCUGUAACU